CAUUGAUUAGACAGACAGGCAACCAACGCCAUAUUGAAACUUUAGUCAGCUGAUAAAUUCCCGUAUUCGAGUCGACUAUUAUCAAAGCCGGCAAUGUGACUUUUGGACAAUUAUUGGUUUUGAACCGUAUUCUUUGAAGGAGACGAUUAUAUAAGACGAUAAGACGAUAAGACAACAGAGUUUACCUCUUGCAGUAAACGUGAUUUAUUUGGACACAACCCAUCAACAAAUAAUGUUUCUUUGAAAACAACUGUGAUCAACCUGGUGCAUCAGAACUUACAAGGUUUGAUGGGUAAAGAACUUGAAAUUGAUUUGUUCCUAGAUUUUAAUAAAGUCAAUGUUCUAUGUGUAACUGAACAUUGGCUUAAAAAAUAUGAAUUAAAUUGUAAUUUUAAAAAUCACCAGGUUGUGAGUUCCUUCUGCAGAGAGAAUGCUAUACGAGGUGGCUCACUGAUCAUUGUUAAUAAAGAUUAUAAAUGUAAGGAACGUAGAGACAUUGUGAGCCUCUCUGUGGAACGGAUUAUUGAAAUGGCCUGUGUAGAGCUUGAGCGAUUCAUUGUUGUAAGUGUGUACAGACCUCCUGAUGCGUUAUAUGAUUCUUUUGAAAAUAUUUUGGAAAAUGUAUUGCUAAAGCUUUCUGUCUCUAAUAAACAAAUUUUUGUAUGUGGUGAUUAUAAUAUCAAUCUUUUAGAAAACACAAAUACCACUAUUAGAUUCAGAACAUUGUUAAAGUCAUAUAACCUCCCAAACUUAUUUCUAGAGCCUACUAGGACAACGACCACAUCGGCAACAUGUUUAGAUAACAUAUUUACAAAUGUAACACCGAUUAACAAAAAAAUUAUUAAUCAAUUAACAUCAGACCAUAGUGGACAAUUUGUGUCUUUUGAAUCUAUUAUGAAUUCUAAAGAUAAAAAUACUCUUGUGAUUGUUCCUAUUAAUAAAAAACGAAUUGAGAAGUUUAGAAAUAAUAUUAAGCAAGAACAUUCAGAAAUUAUUUAUAACAAAAACCCAAAUUUAUCAUACCAAAAUAUGUUUGAGAGAAUUAAUAUGGUCUUUACUGAUGUAUUUAUUCCUAAAACUGUAACAUUAAAAAACAAAACGGUGUUCAGCGAGUGGGCCACCACCGGAGUGUACAAAAGUAGAAAAAAAUUGUAUGAUCUGUAUUCUGAAAAAGCUUAUAAUAAUGAUGAAACAUUUCAUCAAUAUGUCAGGAACUAUUCCAAACUAUUUAGAAAAGUUUGUUUAGCGGCAAAAUCUUUACAUUUAAGUGAUUUAAUCAAAAAUGCCCCUGACAAGAUAAAGAUGACUUGGAACAUCAUUGGUAGAGAAAGUGGAAAAGUCAGAAAUAGCCAUCAAGAAUUCUCGUUAAAAAUAGACGAUAAAUUGGUAACUAGUCAUGAAGAUGUGGCUAAUGCUUUUGAAAAGUUUUUCUCUGACAUUCCAGUUUCAACUACCACAUCUCUAAAUUCAUCCCCCACAGCAGCUGAAAUAUUAUUGCAUAACCAUGUCAAGAAAUGCAAUGAAAUUUUUAAAUUUAAGAAAAUUAAUUCAAACAAUAUAAUAAAAAGCUUUAAUAGCCUUAAUGUAAAAAAUACAGCUGACUUGUGGGGAAUAUCAGUAAAGGUUUUGAAGUCUGUAAUAGACAUUAUUGCUUCUCAUCUUGUUAGUAUUUUUAAUGAUUGUAUUAAGUGUGGUGUAUUUCCUGACUUAAUGAAACAUAGUAAAGUGAUUCCUCUUUUUAAAUCUGGUAGUACUGAUGACCCCUCUAACUAUAGACCUAUUUCAGUACUUCCUACGUUGAGUAAAAUCUUUGAAAAAAUUAUUUUGACACAACUUUUAGAACAUUUUAAAUCAAAUAACCUGCUUCAUAAUAAACAAUUCGGGUUUACAAGGGGUCGCUCUACAACUGAUGCAGGUGCUUAUCUAAUCAAAAAUAUAUUUCAAUCUUGGGAGGAAUCGCAUGAUUGUCUUGGAAUUUUCUGUGACUUAUCCAAAGCAUUUGACUGUGUUGAACAUGAAACAUUGGUGAGGAAACUACAUCACUAUGGUAUUAGGGAUGGUGCAUUGGAACUUAUUACUUCCUAUUUAUCAGGAAGGAUACAAACAGUAGAUGUGAAAGGAAAUAGAUCUUCAGGCACCACGUUGAAAAUGGGUGUACCUCAGGGUUCCAUUUUGGGUCCUUUUUUAUUUCUAAUAUAUAUAAACGAUUUGCCUAGUUUUAUUGAGUCCCGACACGAGGUCGUAUUAUUCGCAGAUGAUACAUCUUUAUUAUUUAAAAUUAAACGACAAUUACAAGUCUAUGACGAAGUGAAUGAUGCGAUUUCGUGUGUGGUUCAUUGGUUCCGUAUCAAUAACCUAUUAUUGAAUAGUAAGAAAACGAAAUGUAUUAAAUUUACUUUAAAAUGUAUUAAAUCAUCUUUAAAUGUGAGACAAGUAGAUAGUAAUGUAAUUGUUUCUGAGGAAUCAUUGGAGCUUGUUGAGUCAACCGUAUUUCUUGGUAUAACAGUGGACUCCAAACUGCAGUGGGGACCUCAUAUUCAUAAAUUGGCGAGUAAGCUUAGCUCUGCAGCAUACGCAGUAAAAAAAAUUAGAAUGUUAACAAAUGCGGACACGGCCCGUUUAGUUUACUUUAGUUACUUCCACAGUGUCAUGUCCUAUGGCAUUUUGCUAUGGGGCAAUGCGGCCGAUGUAGAAAUGAUAUUUAUUCUGCAGAAAAGAGCUAUACGUGCUAUUUAUAACAUGCACUCAAGGGAAUCCCUGAGGGAAAAAUUUAAAGAAAUUAAAGUUCUCACUAUGCCAUCCCAGUACAUCUUUGAAAAUUUGAUGUAUGUUCGUAAACAUAUUGAGGAGUUUCCUAAGAUGUCGGACAUACAUAAUAGAAAUACUAGGAACAAACACAAGCUUGUUGUGCCGAUGAGUAGGUUACAUAAGAUACGAAAUUCAUUCGGGUGUUUGUCUGUGCGCCUGUACAACAAAAUCCCACAAGAUGUUCAGAACCUACAUAUACAUAGGUUUAAGAAAACUAUUAAAGAACAUCUGUGCAAUAAAGCUUACUAUAAAGUCAAUGAUUAUCUAGAAGAUUGCACAAAGUGGGAAUGAGUUGCUCGCUCCGGGAAUUUCAAUAUUGUAAAAUUGUUAUGUUAUAAUUACUUAUUGUAAUAUGAAUAUUUAAAAAAAAAAAAAAUAUUUAAAAUAAAAAUAAAAAUCUAAUAUUAAAAAAAAAAAAAACAUGCCCGCUGAGUUUCUUGCCAAUUCUUCUCAGGACGGAGGCUAAUUCUUGUGAAUUGGCGGUAAUUCUUUUGACGUUCAACAAGUAUGUACUUUCAUUUAUGUUGAAUAAAACUUUUUUGAUUUGAUUUGAUUUGAUAUUCAAAUCAAUCUGUAUUGACAUAUCAAUAAAAUUUUUUUGUCCAAAUGCACGGAUUGCCACCUUUGAUAAUAGACGACUCAUUUCUCGUAACAUUUUCCUUUACAUGACAUCAUUUGACCUCGCCGCGUCUUUUAUGUAAAUUUGCUAAUUAUAAUGACAUAUUGCCUAGAUCGCUCGUAAUUUUUAGACAAGCGUGCAUCUUGGUGAAGUCUUUCUUUAAUUUUUCAUAAAUAAACGUCACACAUUUCACGGCUCCGACUACUGACGUUUUAUCAUGCGCUAUGAAUACUGAAAAUAAUUACGAGAUACGAGGUUGAAUGACAAGUUUCUUUCUUAAUUAUACUGGCUUCGAUUAUAUAUUGAACUAUACCAUGUAGUACAACAGUCACGGAUUCUCAACAGACAUAGAAAUGUCUUGAAAACAUAUGUAAAAAUAAAAUAGUCCUACGUAGUUUAUAUAAGGUUUCUGGGCGUAAUAAAACACUUUAUUAACAUCGUCA